GCGCCGCAGACUGCGAAAAAUUCUGCGCAACCUUCUGGUUCCUGAUCGCUUUGAGCAACUUUUGCGCAAAAACCUCCGAUGGAACCGCGCGUCUGAAUGACGCCUAUUAUUUAAUUUCCCCACGCACGCAGCCAUGAAGAGUCUAGGAAACAGUUUGAGAUGUCAUUUAUUAAUGCUGUUUCUUGCAGCGCAGGCAUUUGCGGAACAAGCGCCUGAGUGUUUCUCAGGGGGCCAUCGUACAUUGCGGAACCCUUACCGGAGCGUCGACUUUGACUCCACCGAGAUCCAGAACACGGCCAUCCAGGACCUGGUCUGUGACCACUCGCUGGCACCGGGCUGGUACCGAUUCAAGAUCAACAACAAGCCGGCCGAGAUGCCGACCAGCUGCGUGGAGAUGAAUCAUUGCGGGACACAGGCGCCUGUGUGGCUGUCGCUGAAGGGCAAGUCCCUGCCGGGGCCCGACGAAGUCCUCCACUUGUCCGCCUGUGCCACCUGGCAGUUCUUCCGCGGUAGCACCAAAGACUGCUGCCUCUUCCGUAUCCCCAUUACCAUCCGCAACUGUGGCGACUUCCUGCUCUACUACCUGCAGCCCACUCAAGGAUGCAUGGGGUACUGCGCCCAAGUCGCUUCUACUUUGGCGCCCGGAUUCUGCCCGUCGGGUGAGGUGGAGGUCAACGGUCGGUGCAAAGCCGCAUUGCCGACGGCCACGUCACCGUCGUUGAUGUCUCGGCCCCUCAUCGACUCGGAGCUUAUUGGCCACGGCGUCUACUUGAGGUGCUCCUUCGUCCCGCCGCCUUCCAGUCACUCGCUCGGCUUCCACGUGGUCUGGGCACGGCAUAUCGGCCACAGCAUGAAGGCCGAAAUCCACCGGGAGUCCACAUUGAAGACCUUCUCGCUGGUGGAGAUGGACGGUGCUCACUUCAGACUAGGAGAGACGUUCUUGUGCAGCGUGUCCACAUUCCGAGUCAACGUCAACCACAGUCGAUCCUCUCCCAGGGAGAGUGAGGCUUUCUACGCCGGGCUGAAGUUUUCUGUGGAGUCGCUUCACAUAGCGGAGAACGGCGAGGAGCACGAGGUCAGAGUCCACAGCACUGUGCCGCUCCCCUGUUACGACCUCAACCAGUGCGGAGUCCCCCUGAUGCUGGGUGUGCACGACCCAGAUGGCUUCGUACACGAGGUGUCCAAUGUGGCGCUGUCCGCCUGCCAGGUGCAGCUCCGCCCGACCGACUGCAGGGAGGGAAGCUGCGGCCAGGCGUCGUUCUUCAUCACCGCCGUCACUGACUUCACGCGCGAUGGAAACCGGAUCAGUUUGAUCAGCUCCCUGCCCCAAAACAGCACCUGGCCACUAUGGAAGAGCUACAUUCCAGCAGCGCUCAAAGUCACAGUUCAGGAUGUUCCCACCUCCAUCUGCUACUCACUGACAGACCCACAUGUCAUCACGCUGGAUGGCAGGAACUACGACAACCACCAGACCGGCACCUUUGUGCUGUACCGCAGCCUGGCCAGGAAUUUUGAGGUCCACGCUCGGCAGUGGAAUUGCGGGAGCCUGCAUCAUGCCGCGGCCUGUGGCUGUGGCGUGGCAGCACGGGAGGGGAAUGACGUCGCCGUCGUUGACAUGUGCAAUGGCCAAAGACAGGAAACGAGGCCAAAGGUCACCGUGAAAGUCCCUGGUGGGGAGCGCAGCGAUGGCCGCCGUGUCCGCGUGUUGGAAUCUCAUCAGGGGAAGAAAGUCACUAUCAUCUUCCCCUCCGGAGCCUUUAUUCGAGCCGACGUUGACGACUGGGGGAUGAGCUUGUCCGUCCGGGCGCCGAGUGUUGACUACGGCAACACGCAAGGGCUCUGCGGCACCUUUGACGGCAAUAUCAACAAUGACAUCCAUGAUGACUUGCAUUCGUUUAUAGAGCACUGGAGGAUAGCUCCCGGUGAGAGUUUAUUUGACAAAACGCCCCCAGAUCCGAGGCAAGAAGAAAGGAGACCUUUCUGUGGGUGCCAAAAAGGGUACCGCUCUGAAAAAAAGCAUAGGUCUUCUCAAACCCCUCCGUCUGACUGUCACGCAGAGGACAAUGUGGAUUACACAUCUGUGUUUCCCUCACUGGACACCACGAUGGAAUAUGUCAAGCGUCUUGAAGGAGAGCAAAUCAGCCCCAACGUCUCAUUCGGUCAUUCCUCGAAGGGGCGGGCCCAUCAUUUCAACGUCCGCAACGAGUUCAGAGAUGACCGUUUGCUAUCUAACGACAAAUUCAGGAGACAGACAAUGUCGGCAUCUCAAAGCAUCAGCCAGGCUGACCUAGAGCAUCUCGCCUACUUUUUCCCAGAGGAUCACCUUGUAAAAGCUCCGCUACAAGUCCAACUCGGGUGGCCCACGUCGAGCGGCCUGACCUCCAGCAAAGCACUGGAGCUGUGCCAUGUAACUUUGUCCAACUCUUGGGUCGGCACCGUCUGCCGUGGGCUGCUGGGCCGUCGCCUUGAAGAAGCUGUGAAUCUCUGCAUCCUGGACCUACAAUUAAAGGAUAACCUAAGCUGGGACGAGGCAAUGCUACCCUACCUGACCAACGAGUGCGAGCGGCUGUUGCUGGAGAACCGGGCCCAGAGAGACAACAAGGCGCUGGGUCACCCAGAUGAGAUUCUGACAGCGCUGCGCUGCCCCAAUUUCUGCUAUGGCAACGGAGAGUGCACAGAAUUUGGCUGCCAGUGUCACCCGAGCUUCAGUUCUUACGACUGUAGCAAAACCGUCGAGCAGCCAGUAGAGCUACUUAACCUGGAAAACGGUGGCCUCUGCGACCUCAGAACAUUUGACUGUCAGAAAGUACGGGUCUUUGGUCUGGGCUUUAUCGAAUCACCUAACCUGAGCUGCCACGCCACCAGAUUGAAGUAUGUGACUGGCGCUUGGCUUCCAGGGGAAAAACAGAGAAUGAAAGCCACUUUCCUUAGCUCCAAAGCUUUGGACUGUGGCCUCCCCUCGUUGAGCAAUGCAGACUUUAUGAUGGAUGACAAAUCGUAUGCACGUUGGGAGAUCAGGGUGACCAACGAUGGUUCCCAAUACAGCCUAGCCAAAGUGCUGACGAUCUACGACGGGAUCUGUCAGGUGUGCGCAGGAUCUCACUCUGGGAUGUGUCGAUUAAAGGAGCGGACGUGUAAUAUUGACGGAAUGUGCUUUGCAGAAGGAGACUCCAAUCCAGGAAGUCCGUGCCUUCACUGCGACCCGGACACCUCAAAAUUUACUUGGUCAAUCAACCAAGUCAACCGGCCGCCCACCUUCCAUCGACCUCAGGGUGAGCUGCGUACAUUCGCCGGAGAGAACUUUGUCUUCCAGUUGGCUGCAUCAGACCCUGAAGGCUCAGCCCUGCUCUUUGAGCUGGUCAGCGGACCAAACGGUGCCAUCCUCUCACCAGCUGGGCUCCUUAUUUGGAAGGUCCCAUCAACAUUCAAAGAGGAGUUGACUCAGUCAACCUUUCACCUCACACUAUCAGAUGAGUGCAAUGCCCAAAGCACCUUGGCGGUUCAGGUCCAUGUGGUGCCGUGCGGAUGUCAGAACGGAGGCACGUGUGCAACUGAUUUCAGCUUCCCCGCUGGGAGUGGAAAGUAUCUUUGCGUAUGUCCUGAUGGGAAACAGGGCAACCUCUGCCACGAAGAUGUCGAUAAAUGUUUAUCGACACCUUGCGCCGAAGGAACGUGCAUUGGCACCGAUGGUGGCUACAAAUGCAGUUGUCCCGAAGGGCUGACAGGUGCAACGUGCCGGGAAGAUAUAGACGAGUGUGAGCGGACGCCUUGUUUUCCUGGAGUCCACUGCCUUAACAGUUAUGGUUCCUACAACUGUGGUCCUUGUCCCCAAGGCAUGCAGGGAAAUGGUACACACUGCACUGCAGACAUGAGGCCACCCACCAUCACUCCCACAUUGGGGCCAAGAACUGUUAAAGAAGUCCUGAUGCAGAAGCUAACUUCACCUCGCCCGAGCGUCCAGUUUGCCAAGAUGGUACCGCGAGCAGAAGCUUUUGGGCUGCCACAAGCUCAACCCACAACCCGGAGGAGACCUUCGGGAAUCAGCCCAAAUUCUGGCUUGGAAAUUGAUACAGCCGGUGGGGGAAUCGCACGUGACCCUGUUGAGGUUGGGCCGCCGAAGAAAAGCAGUUUGAUGCAGAACUCGGGAAAGCUAGCUUCAGCAACGUGCAGCAGCAGGCCUUGCUUCCCCGGGGUCCAAUGCAUCAAUCGACGACCACCGCACGUCGGCUACGUUUGUGGCCGAUGCCCGCCCGGCCUUCACGGCAACGGACGAAUCUGCAUGAAGAGCGCCGAGGCGGCGUUCAAUCACCUUUCACAUCAGCAGCAGACAGCAGGCCAAAGAACCCGAUCCAGCCUCCACUUAAGCGCCUUGCCUUCCAGAGAUAACAUCAAACACUUGUCUCAGGCUUUGCUUGUAGGAAGAGAAGGUGGUACCGGAAGGAGGGAGGUGGACACUGUUGACGUCAGAGCAACAAGUGCUUUUUCUAACGCUGCCACCCACAGAAGCAAUGUCACACCCUCCAAGGGUUUUGGGGUCACAAGCCCAAAACUGUCCCAACAAGCAACUCCACCAUCUCCUCGCCAAAUCACUCAGUCUGGCCGGGCGACAAAACCCAGACAGACAGUGUCUACCCGGACCAAGCCCUGGACGAGACCUGCGUGGCCUCUCAAGACAACACUUGGAUCGUUGCCUGAGUUCAUGGCACCGUGCCCUGAGCAGCCAUGUUUUCCCGGUGUCCGCUGCAAUACAACAUCGGACGGCGGUUCCCGCUGUGGUCGCUGUCCCGUCGGUUUCACCGGGGACGGCAAGAUGUGUCGAGCUGUUUGCAAGCACACGUGCGGACGGAACAUGGAGUGCGCGGCUCCCGACACAUGUCGCUGCAAGGCUGGUUACGCUGGUUCGGACUGUCAAACCGCAAUUUGUGAACCACAGUGCACGAAUAAGGGGACAUGCGUGGCUCCGGGGGUUUGUCAGUGUCCCGACGGCUUUCAUGGAGAGACUUGUCAAGAAGCUGUGUGCAGGCUACCAUGUGAAAACGGAGGCACGUGCACAGGAUUGCAGACGUGCUCGUGUCCGUACGGUUUCGUCGGCCCGCGAUGUGAGACCCUGGUUUGCAGCCGCCACUGUCACAACGGCGGCCGCUGUGUCUCUCCAGACGAGUGCAGCUGUCAGCCUGGUUGGAGCGGACCUUCCUGUGAGACUGCUCUUUGCGGUCCGGUUUGCCUGAACGGCGGUUUAUGCAUCCGACCCGACAGCUGCGAGUGUCCUGGCGGUUUCUACGGUACCCGGUGUCAAAACGCCAUUUGCACACCGCCCUGCAAGAAUGGCGGUGUGUGCACGAGGAACAACGUCUGUUGGUGCCUGCAGGGCUACACCGGGAGACGCUGUGAACAAAGCGUAUGCGAGCACAUGUGCAUAAAUGGCGGCCGCUGCGUUGGUCCUGAUGUUUGUGACUGUCCAUCAGGUUGGCAAGGAAAGAGAUGUGACAAACCCCGUUGCGAGCAAAAAUGUCUAAACGGGGGCGAGUGUGUGGGGCCAAACACCUGCCACUGCCCACCGGGCUGGCAUGGAAUGUUAUGCCAUGUUCCUCAUUGUCAACAAAAAUGUUUGUACGGCAGCCGCUGUGUGAGGCCCAACGUGUGCGCAUGUCGCAGCGGAUUAUCAGGCGCUCUUUGCUCAAGGAAGCUUUCCAUCUAGAUUGUGGUGAAUAUGCAAAUCUUUAUCCUGGGCUAUUUCCAAGUGACAAUCUGAAGAGCACAACUUGGGCUCCUCAUAGAAUAGAGGCUUCCAUCCCAAUACGGCAGCUACUCCAUUGCUUGCUCAAAAAGGCUGGAAUGAUGUUGGAUUCUGCCCACCCAAAAGGAAAAUACAAUUCCUGACAACAUCACCUUUUUUAAUAAUAUUUAAUUUAAAAGGGUCAGUAUACAUUUCAUUGUGAAACUGUGUUUUCCAUUUAUUUAUUUGUUGUUGGCAUCACAGUUGUGUAUAUGUCUUAAUCCAGCGGAAAGUAUGAUAGCUUUGUGUAAAAUCAAAAUUAAGAAUAACAAAUAAAUGCUCUAAAUGUCAAUAUUUGGAUGUGGAAUUUGGGAGUUGUUAGUAGUGUAUAGAAUGAAACAGAAUUUUAAUGAAAUACAUACCGACAAAUGAAAAAUGUGAGAAAUAAAUAUUUUUGCUGUGCUUUCAAUUUUCUGUAUUACUUUUUGUUUAAUUGCUGUAAUGCACUUGGUGUUAACAUGCGAUUAGCAUAAAUCAAAUUUUGCUGCAUUUCAUGUAUUUGCUAUUUCAAGGAGGACCUAAAACGCUAAAAAGUGUAUAGAAUGAAAGAAAAUCUGACUGAAAUACAUAACAACAAAUAUAAAAAUGUGAGAAAUAAAUAUUCUUGCUGUGCUCUUUCAA